AAAGGUUGUGUCAGAAAAAAACGACAAUAAGAUGGCUGUAAAGAUACGAAGAUAUGAAUAUCGAUUAUUAGAUUUUUUAAAAGAACGUCAAGUUAAACCUCCGCCACAUCCAUUUUUCGAGAUCAAGUAA